AUUUCAAUAUCAGCCGGACCCUAAAAUAAUCUUCUUUAUUAAAACUCUUUCGAAUGCACGCGUGUUUAGAGAAGCCGAGCCCUUUCCUUGUUAUUUUCUUCAUUUGCAAUUUACCGACUUCGUUUAUUUUUUCGACACUACUUUUUUUUUUUUUUUGUGAUAUAAAAAUAGGCCUAAUCAGUUAUACUUCAAAAUAAAGGUUUGCAACGAAGAAUUUUUCUUUUGCACGAAAUGUUCUCGACGGUAAAAAAAAAAUGUUUUUAACGUUGGGAAAAAAAAUAUUGUUCUUUGGAAAAUCGAAAGGUUUUUUUCCACCUACGGAAAAACAAAAAUCAAACGAAACGUGAAUAAAACUUUUGAAACGGUUAAAGGUAAAAUAAUCGGUGUUUAUGAUCAAUUCUGUAAAGUCGCGUCGCAUUAUUCCUCUUUUGUUCGCAUUCAUUUCCAAACCCCGAGCGAUUUUUAUAACUGCUGCUCCCAUUGAACCCGAGCUCUUUCUAAUCUCUCACAUGCACAUGCAACCCUUCAUUCUAACGAUAUACAUGAAUAUAUCCAGGCGUAAUGUAACUGUUGCAUAAGAGAAAAGGUCCUCUCCGCACCUCUACCUGGAUAUUAUCUGAUGGAAAUGUGUUUUUCCGCUGCUUCUCCGCGACAUAAUAACAGCGCGAUGCUUUCGGGCUCGAGGGAUAUGUUUUUAUCUCGCAUGCCCAUUUUAAACCAAUUCAAGAAACGGAUAGCAUUGUGAACGGAUGCAGUCGUCUCGCGUAAAAAUGUCAUGCACCUCCACCAAUUAUACAGCACGCGGUCUGGUGUUUAAAUAUACCUACACGAGCGAUAUAUUAGUGCGACGCCACAGAACACGACGCACGCCCCAAGUGAACCAACGAAUCGUGAUUUUGGGGGCAUUUCGUUGCAUCACGCGCAAACGGAUUCGGUAAGAAACGUCUUUUUUUGUCGUUUGCGAAAACUUCAUUAAAUACUAACGAAUUCGAGCGACACACGGUGUAUCAGUGUAUCAAAUCAAAUGCGGUUGAUUUCGUCCUAGAGCUUAUUUUAUGCGAUUUCAUAAAAUGCAUGAAUCAAAAAAAUAUUUUCAAUUGUAUAAUAGCCUAUAUAUAUAGUUUGAAGUCUCGGCACGCAAACAAGUGAUAAACAUCGACCCAGCCGUCGAAUAUGGUUUUUAAUAUCGCUCAUUUGUGCGUCAAUUAAUCCCCGAACAUCACGCAAGCUUCGAGCAUCACAAAAUGUCGAUGCACACUCAGGCCACAUCUCUUCCCUCCCCUCUGAUCUGUAAACUUUCAGAAGGUAGGCUGUGCUCUGACUGCCUAUGAGGAGAGCAGGAGCAAAACCUGCCAGCCCCUCAAUUUUCUCCACUUCCUGUACUCAAGCAACCGCGUCCCAAAAGAGGGAAAAAGUAGGAAAUAUCCCGCAAACGGCUCUAAAUAAGGCGCCCGGACGAACCGCUCGCGCUCGGCGCGUCAGCUGCCGCGUUCAGAACGAUCACGAACGAAACGUUAGCCUCCCGGAGGACACGGCGAGCCUCCGUCGCGCUAAACCGAUUUCGAGCGCAUGGGAUAACGAAUCUUUAACGCGAAAGAAAAAAGCAAAAAAGCUCGAAGAUAUCGAAAGGCCAGCUUAAGCCGUCAAAUGUAUUGGAAAAAUGAGGCUUUGGCCCCUCUGUCAGAGGGAAACCAGUUUCUAUCCGAAGGAAUUCCCUCAAAACAGAGCGGGGACCAUGCCUGACACGGAGCACUGCGGCUCGACUGCGUUGUAGGUGAUCUCUCCAGACUCGCACAGCACACCGGGAGCCUCGCGCCGCGCGGACCGACCACACGCUCGCGCGAUGUCGCAGUCUGACGGGGAAUCUCACAGGUCGAACAUGGAGAAAGAGGAGCCUCGCUCUUCGCCCAGCCCGCCCUCGACGCCGUCCAUCUGCUCGCCCACCUCCAGCGCCUCGUCCGUGCCGUCCACCGGGAAGAACGUGUGCGCGAGCUGCGGCCUCGAGAUCCUGGACAGAUAUCUGCUGAAGGUGAAUAAUCUGAUCUGGCACGUGAGGUGUCUGGAGUGCUCCGUCUGCAGGACGUCCCUGCGUCAGCACAGCAGCUGCUACAUCAAAAAUAAGGAAAUCUUCUGUAAAAUGGAUUAUUUCAGUAGGUUUGGUACAAAGUGUGCCCGCUGCGGCCGGCAGAUCUACGCCAGCGACUGGGUCCGGCGAGCCCGAGGAAACGCUUAUCAUCUGGCCUGCUUCGCCUGCUUCUCCUGCAAACGGCAGCUGUCCACGGGCGAGGAGUUCGGGCUGGUGGAGGAGAAGGUGCUCUGCCGGAUCCACUACGACACAAUGGUGGAGAACCUGAAGCGGGCCGCUGAGAGCGGAAGCGGACUCACUCUGGAGGGGGCUGUGCCGUCGGAACAGGACAGUCAACCCAAACCGGCCAAAAGAGCGCGGACGUCCUUCACCGCAGAACAGCUGCAGGUAAUGCAGGCGCAGUUUGCGCAGGACAACAACCCCGACGCGCAGACGCUGCAGAAGCUGGCGGACAUGACGGGACUGAGCAGACGAGUCAUACAGGUUUGGUUUCAGAACUGCCGAGCGAGGCAUAAAAAGCACACUCCCCAGCACAGCGGGCCGCCUCAAGCUCACCCGCAGGCCCGCAUGCCCCCCUCGCUGCCCGACGAGCUGCAUUACUCGCCCUUCGGCAGUCCUGAGAGAGCGCGCAUGGUGGCCCUGCACGGAUACAUCGAAAGCUUGGCAGGUCAUCCGUUCUCGGUGCUCACCACACAGAGCCUCCCUCAUCAGGCCAUGACGCUGCCGCAGCUCCCUCUCAGCCGCUAACGACCCCUGACCCCUGACCUCCCGCUCCAGAGGUCACGCUCCCUCUUGCUCUUGACCUCUGAACUCGCAAAAAGAGAGAGAGAGAGAGACUGUUUCCUCUCUGCUUUCAUCGGACAGGAUUUUACUCGCCUGCGUCUAGUCCCUCUCGGUUCAGGAGAGCCGCGUCUGUGACCUGUGAAUUUAGGACUUUGUCACCAAGACCAGGAUCUGGACUUCCGGACAAAGAGAAAAGACUCGAGCACACACUGUAAAAGACUAGCGCUCUCGGUGCGUCUCAUCUGACUCUCGUGCAGCGUUUGGAGGCUCUGAAUGCAAACAAAAGGAAUGUAAAGUUACCAGCGUCAGUGUUAAAACAUUUAGAUUGAAAAAGGCAAAAGCACAAGAGAUGCGGAUGGGAAAUAGAUGGCAUAGAAGCAGGUGGUAAGACCAAUUUUUCUCUUUUUCCUUGCCGAAAGAUGCCACGGUUGAAAUCUGUACUGAGCCAGAGAAAGCAACGUAUGCCACAGUUCAGUCCACUAGUCCUUGCUUUCUUGUUCUAACAGCCGUAUGCAAAGCAUACCUUGAGCCUACAAAGCCAGCGGUCCACAGAUUUCACUUUAAAAACAAUUGUACGCAAAGGACUUAAAAGUCCGUUAUUUCAUUGUAAAAAAUAACAGCCAUUUUUUUUGUCCACAUUCCGUUUGGAAAGCAGAUAGUUUUAGAAAAGUGAACUUGUUUCCUUUUAGAUUGAGGUGAAACGUUAAACGGUCAUUUCUUUAGUCCAAAAAGAUGUCCUCGAUAUCUUCCCUAAUUUUAUUAUUAUUAUUAUUCAGGAUGAAUUUCGAUAACUGUUGUCAUUGCAGUUUAACUGCAGUCGCAGGCUAUAAUUGACGUCGAUCUUAGUGUGAGAUUAUUUCAAAUCGAAUACAGUGCUCUGAACGUUUUCUAAAACAAAAACACUAAAGGAUGAAGACGGGGUUAUCAGUGACACGCGGCCGUGUUUUGUGCGUGAGACAGAAAGGAGGAGACAAAGCUGAGACUAAAAAGAGCACUUGAGUAAAAUGUAAAGAUAGCUACAUGUAAAGAAAAUGUACAUGUAAUGUAUUUUUAUUUAAGCGGUGUCCUGACUUUAUGUGGGAGACGAAUGUGUCUGUGUUUCAUGGUUUUCUUCAUACUAACAGAUAGAGCUGUGCACGGGGGGAAAGUCUGAAAUUGUAACUUAAAUUUGAGACAUGCAUCUUGUGUUCAGAAUGGGGGACGAGGCCUCGACGUUCUUGUAUUUAUUAUGACAGGUAGCCUGUAAGCACUUUUCCCCACUUCCACAUGUCUGUUUUGUAAAAAAAAAAAUAAAUAAAAAUGAAAUAAUUAACUAUU